CCGGUCCACAUACUUACCCCCCCUUUGCUUCCUCUCGUCACGAGGCUUAGACGAUGUCCAAUAUAUAGCAGGGGACCAACCGCUCUCACACACGGGUGCUACACCAUGAUCUAUACCUCGACGCAAGACGCUGAACCCAUCCCCCAGCUCGAUUUUUUGACCUUUCUGUUUGACGGCCCUACAUCGCUAGCGAAAGACGACAACGCAGUCCUCCACGCUGAGGCAGCAAACCCAGACAACUGUAUAACCAAGGCCCAGACGCGUGUUCUGACGCGUCGGGUGGCCCACACUCUGCGAAAUCGCUUUGGGAUUGGGCAACACGGGAGCGGGAAGGAUGUGGUGGUGGUCAUUUCUACCGGCCAGGUAAUGCUGCCUGUCUUGCUCAUGGGCAUUAUCGCGGCCGGUGGCGUAGCUUCUCUCGCCUCGGCGUCCUUUCGGCCAGAGGAACUGGCCCGCCAAAUCCAACAUGGAGAUGCCAAACUGUGCAUCUCUUGUUCAGCAAGCCAAAACACUCUUUUGGAAGCUGCCCGGCUCAUCGAGGUCCCCUUGCAUCGAUGCUUAGUGCUGGAAUCGACAGUGCCAUGGCGCCUGCGAGCCCUGACUGGCUCCUCCCACAAUAAUAUUGUCGGAGAACAGGAAUUAGAAUGGCAAAGAAUUACCUCCAAGGAAGAUUUAGACAACAGUCUGAUCUUCUUGCUCUACAGCUCGGGCACAACAGGUCCGCCGAAAGGUGUCAUGAUGUCACACACGAACAUGGUCGGCCAGCCCGUGUUGGCCAGCAUAUCGCUCCGCAAAGUCUGGCGCACGGAGGGCAAGUACGAAUACCGCACUCUUGCACAUCUCCCUCCUACCCACGCAGCAGGCGUCUUCGCAUAUUUCUGCUUCCCAUUCUACAACGGCGGCAUCACAUUUUGGACCCCCAAAUUCGACUUUGCCGAUUUCCUCAAGUACAACAAGCAGCUUAAAAUUACGACGAUUGUCACGGUCCCGCCGAUCUACCUGCUCCUCGCAAAAUCGCCACUUGUCAAAGAUCAGUUCAAAACCUGGCGAAGCGCAGCGUCUGGCGCGGCGCCAUUAGGAAAGGAAUUGCAACUGGAGGCGAGCAAGAAGCUCGGCGUCAACAUCAGCCAAACGUGGGGCAUGACGGAAACGUCUGCCGUUGUUACAAUGGUGCCUCAUAGUGUCGAAGAGCGAACCGGAGCCGCUGGUAUAUUGCUUCCCCAUUUGGAGAUUCGGAUCGUCGAUGAGAAUGACAAGGAUUGCCCCGCUGAAACGCCAGGCGAAAUCCUAGUCCGCGGUCCGACAGUCACGAAAGGAUACUACAAAAACCCGACCGCGAAUGCAGAAACCUUUAAAGACGGCUUUCUCUGCACUGGAGACAUUGGCUUGUUCAAAAAUGGGCAGCUCUACAUCGUCGACCGCAAGAAAGAGCUGAUCAAGUACAAAGGCCUGCAAAUCGCACCAGCGGAGUUGGAAGCAACGCUUCUCUCACAUCCACGCAUCUUGGACGCAGCUGUGAUCGGGGUCCAUUCGGCCGAACUAGAAACAGAGGUACCCCGCGCCUACGUCGUCGCUGACCCCAAGGGUAUCAGCGCCGACGACAUCAAAGCGUUGAUCAAAGAGCGACUGGCCAGCUAUAAGCAGCUGCGGGGAGGUGUUGUUUUCGUUGCUGAGAUUCCGAAAUCACCUUCGGGUAAGAUACUGCGUAGGGAGCUGCGAGCGAUGGCUACGGAAUCGGCCAAAGCAAAGCUAUAA